ACCAAAUGGACCUUCUCAUUUGUGGUGAUGAAAAUGAUUGUGAAGAGAACACAAUGAUGAAGAUUUACCUAUAUACAUGCAUAAACAGCCAAGACCUAAACCCACGCGAGCAUAUCAUCCUUAGAAACCGCACUCCUCUGUCUCUACUUUUUUUCUUCACCCCCGCCUUUUCUCAUUGCAUCUGUUGCAAGAAUCAAUGAGGAUUCCAUUACUUCUUCCCCCCCUUCCAUUUUACCAUUGAGCAUACCCACUUCAUUCUUCCCCCAUUCUCUUCCAUUUGCCAACCUCUUUCAUCAUUACUCUUUCCUUUGCACUCCUUAUAUUAUAUAUUCAUCCCCAUCUUUCCUUGUAUCUCACAACAAUUCACAUCUCCUUUCUUUCUCUUACUAUCUAUAAUCUAUCUCACUACGUUUGAGUAUUAAAAUUAUCUUUUCUCCUUUGGGUUUUGAUUUGUAGUUUAAUAAAAUGGGGAGUUUGUCGAUUAAUAAUGGGAAUAAUGAGAUUCAUAGUAAUGGGUUUAAUGGGAAAAUUCAAUCUGGUGGUGAUCAAGCUCAAAGAAGAAGUUGUUGGUACGAAGAGGAGAUUGAGGAGAAUUUAAGAUGGUCGUUUGCUCUUAAUCGGAUAAUACACACAGGAGCCACUCAGUACCAGGACAUUCAGCUUUUGGACACCAAGCCAUUUGGGAAGGCUUUGGUUAUUGAUGGAAAGCUCCAAAGCGCGGAGAUUGAUGAAUUUAUCUACCAUGAAUGUCUUGUGCACCCUCCAUUGCUUCAUCAUCCAAGUGCAAAGAGCGUUUUCAUCAUGGGAGGAGGCGAAGGUUCAACUGCAAGAGAAAUUCUUAGGCAUAACACUGUUCAGAAAGUUAUCAUGUGUGACAUUGACGAGGAAGUUGUUGAGUUUUGCAAGUCUUACUUAGUUGUGAACCAGGAAGCUUUCUCUGAUCCUAGACUUGAGCUAAUCAUAAACGACGCUAGGGCUGAACUACAAAGCAGAGCUGAAAAGUAUGAUGUGAUUGUAGGAGACCUCGCGGAUCCUCUUGAAGGCGGUCCAUGUUAUAAGCUCUAUACCAAAUCUUUCUAUGAAUGCAUUGUUAAGCCUAAACUCAGCCAAAAUGGUGUGUUCGUCACACAGGCUGGACCAGCCGGAAUUUUCAGCCAUACUGAAGUUUUCUCUUGCAUUUACAACACACUGAAGCAAGUUUUUAAAUAUGUUGUGCCUUACUCGGCUCAUAUUCCUUCUUAUGCUGACACUUGGGGAUGGGUCAUGGCUUCGGAUUCCGAGCUAAUGUUGAAGACUGAAGAGUUUGAUCUAAGGGUCAAGCAGAGGAUGACCGGUGAAAACAGAUUUUUAGAUGGUACAACUUUCCUAUCUGCCUCAACAUUGAGCAAAGCUGUUCGGAACUCGUUGGAUAGCGAGACUCAUGUAUACACCGAAGGAGGCGCAAGGUUUAUAUAUGGUCAUGGUAAACUCAACUAAUAAAGCCCCUUAAGGUAAAGAACAUAAUGGCGAGGAAGAAAUCUGAAAUCAGGAUCUUAGCUAGCUUAUGGCAUUCUCUUGUUUAAUCUUUUUGAUGUAUGUGUAGUUGUGAAGAAAGAAGAAAAUACUUGUCUCUUGUAUCUGCUCAGCAAAUCCUCAUAGUACUGGUUUUAUGUGCUCAUAGUGUAUUUCUAUCUAAUAUAAUUCCAUGCGUUUUACCUCGUUUACAAGUUCAA